AUGGCUACAUCGCAGCCUGCUCAAUCAUCAAAAAUAGUACCUACGACAGAUCUCGGACACGGCGUCUCCACCAACGCUGAGUCACCUGUACCACCCGGCGCGCCUUUAAAAUCCGAGCAGUCACAAGCUUCUAGGGCGCUUGGGCUAGCCGGUUACUUCCUCUCAGGAUGCAUGUCGAUCAAUGCCUCACAGGUGCUGGGUACUCCUUUAUAUCUCAUCAAUAAAGAAUGGUAUAAUACUUGGAUCGCAUUCACGAAACAGUCAUGGGGCUUGCUCACUAUGACGAUGACACAGUGGUGGGCGCCCACUACGGUCAGAGUAAGUGGCGACAGCAGCAUGCGUGGGCAGUUAAUACGAACUACUGAUGGCGGUUUGAUGUGCAACUUCCCCGAACGAAUGGUGCUCAUAGCCAACCACCAGAUCUAUACAGACUGGCUGUAUUUGUGGUGGAUUGGGUAUGCAGCAGGCAUGCACGGUCGCAUUUUUGUAGUGCUGAAAGAGUCUUUGAAGAGAAUACCCGUCAUUGGAUGGGGUAUGCAAUUCGCCCAAUUCAUCUUCUUAAAACGAAAUUGGGAAGAAGAUAAGCCCGGCCUUGCAAGACAUAUGCAGAGAUUGAACAAUUCCCAGGAUCCUAUGUGGUUGAUGAUGUUUCCUGAAGGCACCAACCUUGCAAGUUGCACCCGAGAGACCAGCAGGAGAUGGGCGCUCAAGAACGGCAUUCAGGACAUGAAACACACGUUAAUACCAAGAAGCACGGGAUUGCACUUCAUGUUGCAAGAAUUGAAGGAGACUGUCGAAUAUGUAUACGAUUGCACCAUUGCAUACGAAGGCGUUCCCCACGGUAGUUACGCCCAAGACAUCUUCACAGUGGGUGCCUCGUAUUUUGGCGGCAGACCACCAAAAUCCGUCAACAUGUAUUGGAGGCGGUUUCGGGUCAAUUCGAUACCCCUGGAUGAUCCCAAGCGAUUCGAGCUUUGGCUGAGGUUGCGUUGGAGGGAGAAAGACCGAUUCAUUGACUACUAUCUCAAGAAUGGACGAUUCCCGGCUGAUGAGGGGAGCAAUCACAACUUUCAGGGCGAGCUCGUCCACGGUGCCGGAUACAUCGAAACCGACAUCCGACCAAAAUACUGGUAUGAGUUUAUGCAGGUGUUCGCCCCAAUAGCAGUAUUUGCACUUGUGCUAUACUUCAUCUAUGGUGCUUUACCACAGGAGAUGGUCCGUAGCAUCAGAUCGAUAGACCAAAAGACUGUUAUGAAAAACAUUCAAGCGAUCCAGACAGGCAAGAUGAAGGUGCCUGAGACUAAAGAUCUUUUUGCAACCGCUCCGAAGGAGCUUCGCGACAAAUUUGAAGCUGUUCAAAAACUUGCAAUUCAGCAAAACAAAACACCAGAUCAGGUCAUUGCAGAAGUCAAGAAAACGCUGCCCGCCGGCACUCUGCCUGCAGGCGAUCCUGGACCAUUACCGAAGCCUGCGAAAGCGUCCCCUAUACCAAAACCUAGCACGAAGGACUCUCAAAAGCCAUCGACAACGAAAAGCAUUCAAAAUCAGAAAGCAGCAACCUCCACCGCCAAGAAUUUGACCGCUUCUAACAAGACACUGGAUAACGCAAACCCUACCAGGAAGUCAGCUGCACCGAAAAAAGCUGGUAAGUCUGUUUCGUCAACUCGACCAAAAGCCAAUGCGGCUUCCAAAGCAGCGAAGAAACCUCUCGUCAAAACGAAGCUGCCAGAGAAGGCUGCGGAACCGGCGGUCAAGAAGGCAAAGGGCCCGAAGCCGACCCUUAGCGGCCCAAACAAGCCACAAGCGGCGAUACAAAGCCCUUCUGCCAACGCAGAUGCUGCAAAGCAAGGUGAUAAGGAUGCCCUUCGUCAUGCAUUGAAGAAGGAGACCAGGCUGGGCAAGCAAGAACCUACAUUUACCAUGGCAUCUGACCCUCAACAAACCCCGGCCCCAGAAGCUUCGGUCGAAGUCGACCCCGAUCUUCUUGAUGGCUCAGACUCCACUCUCGGCGAUGAUGUCUCUCAAUAUACAGCAUCCCUCACCAGCAGCAUUGAGCGCUAUCCUAUCGAGAAUGGCCGCCGCUACCACGCUUACAAGGACGGCAAAUACAUCAUGCCGAACGACGAGCAGGAGCAAAACCGGCUCGAUCUCGCGCACGAGAUGUUUCGUAUUUGCUUGGGUGACAAGCUCUUCCUUGCGCCUAUCAAGACGCCUCAGACAAAGAAGGUCCUCGACGUAGGCACUGGAACGGGGAUCUGGGCCAUUCAAUUUGGCGAUGAGAAUCCUGACGCCGAAGUCAUUGGGACAGAUUUGUCGGCGACGCAACCGACAUGGGUGCCGGAGAAUGUGAAGUUCGAGGUUGACGAUGCUGACGAAAUGUGGACGUUUCAACAACAUCACUUCGACUUCGUGCAUAUGCGGUAUUUAGCGGGCAGCAUUGUGGAUUGGCCAAAGCUUGUCAAGCAGGCUUAUGAUGCGACAAGACCAGGUGGCUAUGUGGAGUUUCAGGACUUCAAUGCGGACUCGUACUCCGAGGAUGAUUCUUACGGCAAGAGUAAAUACCUCAAACAGUGGCAUGAUUCGUUGCUGUCAGCAGCACGCGAUUUUGGGAAAGAUCCUUCUCCAGGACCAAGCCUGAAGCACUGGAUGCAGGACGCGGGCUUUGAAGAUGUAGUGGCAGAGAAGUUCAAGUUGCCUUUUGCGCCGUGGGCGAAGGAUCCGCAUUUGAAGAGAUUAGGUACCUGGAACCUUCUCCAAAUGGAGGAGGGCGUAGAAGGGUUCAGUCUGAGGCUGUUCACGCAGGUACUGGGGUGGAAGCCAGAGGAGGUGCAGGUUCUGUUGGCGAAUGUGAGGAGGGACAUGCGGAAUCCGAGUUACCAUGUCCUUUAUGACUUUUGGGUGGUGUACGGGAGAAAGCCGGAGGAGGCUGCUGCGUCAUGA